UACCGCUCUAGCGUCUUCGCGCGUACGUAGACAUUCUUCAGGCUGGACUUCUCCGUAGUCAUAUCACCAAGAUGACAGCCGGACCUGAAGUAUGGGUUGUCGAGGACUCGAGUUCGGACGAAGGCAGCAUUGCCAUGGAGACUUGUAAACCAUCUGCGGAAAAGCCCACCUUCCCCGAAAUCCACAUCUCAACCGACGUCGUCGCAGAGACCAUCUUAGCAACACCACAUGUCAGCAAUGAUCAUUCAAUGGCUAAGCAACAGCCAGUAUGUUCAACAAAUUUGAGACAACUUAUGCAACCUCCACCAAUUGUCUUCCCGAAAGAUGUGUCAUCUGCAAAGCGAAGGAUGCAUGUCAGCAGAGAUGAUAAUACAGAAUACGAAGUUGGAAGAGAAGAGUUGAUCCAACCUGAUGGGAUAAGAGGAAUGCUAUGUAGAACAAUUGAUUCUGUGGAUAGCUCUGGUUUAUUCGCCUACGGCCAAUCUCUGAAGGAUGCUCCAAAUCCAAACCUCCACCUGAAAGGCUAUGGCGUUGUUCGGUUCCCACUAGGUCCAGAUGAUAUCCGAAUGAUCAAAAAUGCAAGCCACAAAGAUCUUUCCGUUAGUGGUAGCUCUGGUGAGGCACUAGAUCCUGCGGUUUUGAGCAAGUCCUGGAUAGUGCCUUGGCAUGAAUGGGAAACGCAAAAUCCUUUCUGGACACGAACUCUUCAGUCAAUCACAGCCAACAUAUGCUUUCAAUUUGGCAUGCCCACAGACCUCAUACUGUUCCCUUGCGCUCUUGUCCUGGAUGAAGUUAGCGGUUCUCGGAAUUUAUAUGAGACUACUGGUCCUGGGUCGAACUGCGUGGUUUUCUAGAUAUUAUAUUGCCAUCCAGACAUGUUGGAGGAGAUUAUGAACUCAAGUUCAGACAAAAGACAAUCAAAUUCUCGACGUG